AUGUUUGCGACCGAACUCCUCCUGGAGCAAGAGACGGAAACCUUUGGCGCUCGGAAAGAGCGCAAGGCGAGGCAGCGGUCCGUCACCGCCUCUUCCAUCAACACGUCCAUUGGAUCCCAGAGUUCGACGAGUUCAGACUCCACCGAACGCGAACAAUGGUGGUCCGCCAGCUUGAAGAAGGCAAAGAGCAUCAAGCCAAAGAUACUGCGACCAUCCACUAGCAAGACUACAGCCUCGCAGAAGACCAUCAAUGCCGUCACUCAAAACCUCGACUCGCAGCUCGCCCUCCACUUCAAGGAUCCCGUCUUGCAGCCCAGCUGGACCUACACAAGCUCGCUAUCUUCCACUCUGCCCUCGGGCGAUUCUUUGCAUUCAAAAGAUCAAUUGUCGGAGCUUGAUGGUGAUAUAUCUUCUCGACGAACCGACUCUACUAGGUCGCGCAUCUCACGGAUGCAGUUGAUGCCUACCCCUCGUACUACUCCUGCAAAAGUCGCUACGGCUCAUAGCAGCACAAUGGAGCUCUCUCGAUUCCAGCGUUUCAUCCGCAGGAUGGAAGGCGCCGGCCCAAAAGUCAUACUUGAUAGAAUUAAGGAAGACUGGAAUCAAGUGGCCAGCGAAGAGGCCGACGAAGAGCUGUGGUUGCUCACCGGGUUUCAUAUGCAAAACCUGGGGCGACCUACGAUUGCCCCUCAGUCAGAAUGCAACACAGGCAGAAUCCUGGAGCUGUAUGGGAAUCUUUUGUUCAGCGAGUGUCACAAGCUGUUGGCUCCCGGUGGCUUUUUGGAAAUCAGAAUCAUGGACGCAGCACCUGCACGUCAAACCGCCGGCCCGCGGAUGCGCAUGUGGAUCGAGGAUCGGCUUUCAAUCAACCUUGAGCGGGAUUUCAGAUGCUCAAAACCGUGUCUGCUGGUUCCUGGCUGGCUAGCAGAUGCGGGAUUCGAAGUUGUUGAUCAGGCCAAUGAUCAGAAUACGACACUACCAUGCGCUUUCGACCCAACUUCGGCCACUGUCGACCAGGAGCUGUCAACAAUCAUUGGCCGCGCCUUCUGGAAGGAUAUUUGGGGUAGCUUUGUCGAUGACGUCCCAGGCGAGCCAAAGUGGUGGUGGGAAGACGAAGAGAUUCUGGACGAGUGCGUCAGGCGCCGCACUUUACUGGAGUGCAAGACGAUUUUCGCAUACAAGCGAUGA